GCGACCCGCCGAGCCAUGGGCAACGAGGCGAGCUUGGAAGGGGAAGGGCUCCCCGAAGAGCUGGCGGCGGCCGCAGGAGGGGCUGGCGGCGCGGGGAGCGCCCUGCAUCCCGGGAUCCCGGCCGGCGUGGAGGCGGACCUGAGCCGGCUGAGCGAGGAGGAGAGGAGACAGAUCGCUGCUGUCAUGUCAAGGGCGCAGGGGCUGCCCAAGGGAAGCGGCCCCGCGGCCGCAGCGGAGUCGCCUUCUAUGCACAGGAAACAAGAGUUGGCUAGUAGUCAGCCUCCAAAGCCACCGGGAAAGCCACCUGACCCAGGGCGGCCCACUCAGCCCGGUCUCAGUAAAAGCAGAACUACAGACACAUUUAGGCUGGAGCAGAAAUUGCCUGGAAGGAGUCCUUCCACUAUUAGCCUGAAAGAAUCAAAGUCCAGAACUGAUUUUAGGGAAGAGCACAAGCCUAGUAUGAUGCCUGGUUUCCUCUCAGAUGUUAACCCUUUAAGUGCUGUCUCCUCUGUUGUAAAUAAAUUCAAUCCUUUUGAUUUAAUAUCAGACUCUGAGGCAUCCCAGGAGGAAGCUAUCAAGAAACAAAAAGUUUCUCAGAAGGAACAAGGAAAAUCCGAAGGAAUCACAAAACCUCCCUCACAGCAGCAAUCACCCAAACCAGUUCCUAAACAGCAAGGACCGGCAAAGGACCCAGUACAGCAGGAUGGCUCUCCUAAGUCAGUAUCUUCCCAGCAACCAGAAAAAAUGAAAUCACAAUCCCCAGGCACAGGAAAGCCUCUUCAGGGGUCUGCCCAGCCUCCACUGAAGGACCAGGCAAAAUUACCACUUCAACGAGAUGCAACCAGGCCUCAAACUAAACCAUCAGACUCAGUAAAACCUUCCCAGCAGAUCCCAUCCAAAACACCUGUUAAUCAAGCAAGUCCUGGAAAAUCUGCAGUCCAGCAGACUGGACCUGGAAAGGCCACAGUCCAGCAGCCAGGGCCAGUGAAGUCCACAGCUCAACCAACAGGGCCAGUGAAGACCCCAGCCCAACCACCAUUGACAGCAAAGUCUCAAGCUCAACAGGCUGGAUCAGAGAAGCCUUUGUCUCAGCAGCCAGGGCCAAAGUCUUUAGCUCAGCCACCUGCGCUUGGAAAAACUCCACUUCAGCAGCCAGGGCCAACAAAGUCCCCAGUCCAACAGCCAGGGACAGCAAAACCUGCAGCUAAACAGCCUGGACCACAGACUCUCGCUAAGACAACUGGGCCUACAAAAACUCCAGCUCAGCAACCUGGUCCUGGAAAGACACCAGCUCAACAGCCUGCCCCAACAAAGCCCCAGCCUCAACAACCUGCGCCAGCAAAGCCCCAACCUCAACAACCUGCCACAGCAAAGCCCCAGCCUCAACAGCCUGUCCCAGCAAAGCCCCAGCCUCAACAGCCUCCCCCAGCAAAGCCCCAACCUCAGCAGCCUGCCCCAGCAAAGCCCCCAGCUCAACAGCCUACAAAACCAGUAAGCCAAAUGGUAACUGGAAAACCUAUACAAUUACCACCAGCUUUAUCGACAGUACAGACUCCAGUAAAAGGUCUCUCUAAAACCAUCUGUCCUCUUUGCAACGCCACUGAACUUCUGUUGCAUGUUCCAGAAAAGGCCAAUUUUAACACAUGCACUGAGUGUCAAACUACCGUCUGUAGCCUCUGCGGUUUCAAUCCCAACCCUCAUUUAAGGGAGGUGAAAGAGUGGCUCUGUUUAAGUUGUCAGAUGCAAAGAGCUCUAGGAGGUGAACUGGCUCCCACCCUAUCCUCACCCCAGCCCAGACCGAAGGCUGUCUCUGCAACUCCUGCAGCAACAGCCAGUAAACCAUCCCUACCAUCACAGCAGGCUUCCCCAAAGAAGGAACCUGUACCCAAGCAGGACAGUGCAAAGGCACCUGAGUCUAAAAAGCCUCCACCAUUGGUGAAACAGUCAACCCUUCAUGGACCUUCUCCAGCGCCAGAGACCUUAUCCAAGUCAGUUGUUCCCAAGGAGCAUUCGGCAUCCCCACCUGAGCAGGUAAAGGCCCUCACUGAGGAUGAUAAACCAAAGCAGCCCAAGAUGGGAAAGCCAUCCACAGAAACUGACUCUUCCUCAUCAACAGCAACAAAACCUGACAUUCCUAGCUCACCGGUGCAGUCACAGGCUGAAGAGAAAACAGCCUCUCCUGUGAAAACAGACUCUGCCAAACCCUCACAGAGUUUUCCAACAACAGGAGAAAAAGUCACUCCAUUGGAUUCUAAAGCCAUGCCUCGGCCUGCGUCGGACUCGAAAAUUAUUUCACAUCGUGGGCCCAGUUUAGAAAGCAAGGAUCCAAAACAAGUCGACCCAGUUCAGAAGAAAGAAGAACCUAAGAAAGCACAGACCAAAGCGAGCACUAAACCAGAUGCCAAGCCAGUGCCAAAAGGGUCACCAACACCCUCUGGCCCACGACCUACCGCUGCCCAAACUGCACCCUCAACUCAGCAGCUGCCAAAGCCUCAGGAACAGUCAAGACGGUUCAGCCUGAGCCUGGGUAGUAUCACCGAUGCCCCCAAGUCACAGCCCACAACUCCACAAGAAACCGUGACUGGGAAACUCUUGGGGUUUGGAGCAUCCAUUUUUAGCCAGGCAUCAAACUUAAUUUCCACAGCAGGCCAGCCAGGACCUCAUCCACAGGGUGGACCGGCCGCCCCCACGAAGCAAGCGCCAACACCCUCACAGCUUCCUGCUGCUCAGGGACCACCCAAGUCCACAGGUCAGCCAGCACCACCACCGGCCAAGGUGACACCUGUGAAAAGAGAAACAAAAGCUCCCGCAGCUGAAAAGCCAGAGCCCAAACCUGAGCAAGCUUCAACAGCAAAGGGAACAGAAACAAAGAAGCCCCCACCUGGUAAGGACAGCAAACCUCUAACUGCAGAGUCUGAAAAGGAGGUGCUUUCCCACAAGGUCGAGCCCAGGAAACCAAAAUCAUCCUGUCCUCUUUGUAAAACUGAACUCAACAUAGGUUCUCAGGAGCCUCCCAACUUCAAUACUUGCACAGAAUGCAAGAAUCAAGUGUGUAAUCUCUGUGGAUUUAACCCAACACCCCACUUGACAGAGAUUCAAGAAUGGCUUUGUUUAAAUUGCCAAACACAGAGAGCAAUCUCGGGACAAGUUGGAGAUGUGGGCAAAAUGCCGUCUGUACCGCUGGGAUCCAAAGCUUCCCUAGUGCCGGCAACUGCAGAAACACUAUCUCAGAAAACAGUGAUGACUGCCCAGGUAAAGGUUAAAAAGAAAGAAUCAGAAGCAAAACCAGAAGCUGAAAAACUCAUUCCAGAAAAAGGGAAAGAAACACCUUCAACUGAGAAAACUCCUCCCAGGGUCACCACAGAGCAAAAACAAGAAGAGAGUAAACUAGAGAAAAUAAAAGUUUCAGCCCUUCAAGAAAAGAAACCACCCCCCGAAGAAGAAAAACCACUCUCUGAAGACAAAAAGUUAAUGGCAGAAGGAAAGCAGCCAUAUGCUGAAGAAAAGCCACCCCUUGAAGAGAAGCCAACCACUGAAGAUGAGAAAUUACCCCGGGAAGCCAAGCCACUGGACUUAGAAGAGGAAGAGAAACGCCAGAUGCUUAAAGCUCAAGUGCAAAUUGCUGUAGAAAAGCCCAAAGGCAGUCUGGUUCCAAAGGCCAUUGAAGAAGAGAAGCAACCACCGACCAAGAUCGAAGGUUUGCCACCUGCUGCACCUCAGACCUUGCCCAAGGAAGACGAUAAGAAAAGUAAAAGGAUGAAAGAGCAGCCACAGGCAGAAGGUGGUGCAAAACCCGAACAAGUGGAACCUGGGGCAGAAAAGACAGAAAAGGAAGAGGACAAAUCAGACACCUCCAGUUCUCAGCAGCCCAAGAGCCCACAAGGGCUGAGUGACACAGGGUAUUCUUCUGAUGGAAUAUCAAGUUCUCUUGGUGAAAUUCCAAGUCUUAUUCCAUGUGAUGAAAAAGAUUUGCUCAAAGGACUCAAAAAAGACUCCUUCUCACAAGAAAGCAGCCCUUCCAGCCCCUCAGACUUAGCUAAGUUGGAAAGUACAGUACUAUCCAUUUUGGAAGCUCAGGCAAGUACACUAGUUGAUGAAAAAGCAGAAAAGAAAACACAGCCCCCUAAAGUUUCUCCAGAGCAGCCUCAGGACCAAAAGAAAACUCAGAUUUCAUUUGAAACACUGGAAAUGCCUGUUUCAGAAGAGGAGCUCAGGGAGAGUCAAGAAGAAAAGAAAGACACUUCAAAAAAGGAUAAUCAACAAGGCAUUCUUUCCAAGAAAGACCAUAAAGAAAAGCCUGAGCUCGUUGAGGACCUAAGUACUAGAAGACAGUCCUACGAUUCAGUUGAAGACAGUAGUGAAAGUGAAAACUCCCCUGUUCCACAGAGGAAACGGAGAGCUAGUGUUGGCUCAUCAAGCAGUGAUGAGUAUAAACAGGAAGACAGUCAAGGUUCCGGGGAGGAGGAGGACUUCAUUCGAAAGCAAAUUAUAGAAAUGAGUGCUGAUGAAGAUGCUUCUGGCUCUGAAGAUGAUGAGUUCAUCAGGAGCCAGCUCAAACAGAUUAGCAGUAUUCCUGAGAGCCAGAAGAAGGAAGACAUGAAAGGCAAAGGCGCGGCAGGGAAACACAGACGGCUGACUCGCAAGAGCAGCGCUAGUUUCGAUGAUGAUGCAGGGAGACGUCAUUCAUGGCAUGAUGAGGAUGAUGAAACAUUUGAUGAAAGUCCUGAACUUAAAUUCAGAGAAACUAAAAGUCAGGAGAGUGAAGAACUUGUGAUUGCUGGAGGAGGAGGGCUACGCCGAUUUAAGACAAUAGAACUCAACAGCACCAUAGCAGAUAAAUUCUCAGCAGAUUCGUCACAGAAAAAAACAGCUUUGUACUUUGAUGAAGAGCCAGAAUUAGAAAUGGAAAGCCUGACAGACUCACCUGAGGACAGAUCAAGGGGAGAAGGCUCUUCUAGUCUCCAUGCAUCCAGCUUCACUCCUGGGACAUCUCCAACAUCAGUAUCAUCACUUGAUGAGGACAGUGACAGUAGCCCAAGUCACAAGAAAGGAGAGAGCAAACAGCAGCGCAAAGCUCGGCACAGAUCACAUGGCCCUCUCUUACCUACCAUCGAAGAUUCUUCAGAGGAGGAAGAACUGAGGGAAGAAGAAGAAUUAUUAAAAGAGCAAGAAAAGCAGCGAGAACUAGAACAGCAACAAAGAAAGAGUUCUAGUAAGAAAUCCAAAAAAGACAAAGAUGAACUCCGAGCUCAGAGAAGGAGAGAAAGACCAAAGACACCACCCAGCAAUCUCUCCCCCAUCGAGGAUGCAUCUCCAACAGAAGAAUUGCGUCAGGCCGCAGAAAUGGAGGAGCUCCACAGAUCUUCUUGUUCUGAAUACUCACCUAGCAUAGAAUCAGACCCAGAGGGUUUCGAAAUAAGUCCUGAGAAAAUAAUAGAAGUUCAAAAAGUUUACAAAUUGCCCACAGCUGUGUCUUUGUACUCACCAACAGAUGAGCAAUCUGUUAUGCAGAAAGAAGGUGUUCAGAAGGCAUUAAAAAGUGCUGAGGAGAUGUAUGAAGAAAUGAUGCAUAAAACCCACAAGUAUAAAGCUUUUCCAGCUGCAACUGAGAGAGAUGAAGUAUUUGAAAAAGAGCCUUUGUAUGGUGGUAUGUUAAUAGAGGACUACAUUUAUGAAUCUUUAGUAGAGGACACAUACAAUGGAUCAGUAGAUGGCAGUCUGCUAACAAGGCAAGAUGAAGAAAAUGGAUUUUUGCAGCAGAGAGGAAGAGAGCAAAAAAUAAGACUUCCAGAACAGAUUUAUGAAGACCCUAUGCAGAAAAUUACAGACCUCCAGAAAGAGUUUUAUGAGUUAGAAAGCUUACAUUCUGCUGUGCCUCAAGAAGACAUUGUUUCAAGCUCUUACAUCAUUCCAGAAAGCCAUGAAAUAGUGGAUCUGGGCACCAUGGUGACUUCUACAAGUGAAGAAAAGAAAUUACUAGAUGCUGAUGCUGCCUAUGAUGAACUCAUGAAGUGCCAACAGAUACAGGUAAUACCUGGAUCUGGCCCCACAGAGCCUCCCAUUGGGGAUGACCUGGCAGAGUCCACCAUGGACUUUGACAGGGUGCCAGAUGCAUCCUUGACAUCAAGUAUCCUGUCAGGAGCAUCUCUUACAGACUCAACCAGCAGUGCAACUCUCUCUAUCCCAGAUGUUAAAAUAACCCAACAUUUUUCAGCAGAAGAACUUGAGGAUGAAUAUGUUACUGAUUACACAAGAGAAAUUCAAGAAAUAAUUGCCCAUGAAUCUCUGAUAUUGACCUACUCUGAGCCUUCAGAAAGUGCUACAUCUGUCCCACCCUCUGACACACCUUCUCUCACGUCAUCUAUUUCUUCAGUUUGCACCACAGAUAGCUCCUCACCUGUCACUACCCUGGAUAGCAUAACCACUGUUUAUACUGAGCCCACAGACAUAAUAACUAAAUUUGAAGACUCUGGGGAAAUUUCUUCAACUUAUUUUCCAGGCAGCAUUAUUGACUAUCCAGAAGAUAUAAGUAUGUCUUUAGAUCUGACCACCACACCAGAAAGUAGAAUUAGUGCUGAUCAUAUUGUGAUUUCCUUCUCUGAUAUGGAACCUUCUACCAGAGAAUCUGUAGGAACUAAAGCUGAGGGGCCACAAACUGAUACUACUUCCAAUGAUUUACCUAUAUCAGAAAAAGAUUUAAUAAAAAAAAGAAAGAAGGAAACUGGGGAUGGAAUUAUUCUGGAAGUUUUGGAUGCUUACAGAGAUGAAAGGGAAGAGCCUGAGGCUGAAUUAACAAAAGUUAGCUUAAGUGAAACUGGGUUGGUCCAACAACCUUCUUCUGUAAUAACAGCUCCUGUGAAGGAACAGCCUCUACCUACAUACUUUAUAUCUGGAAAGACCUCUGAUCAAGAAAAACCUACAAAUCAGUUACCAUCUGGCAGCCCUCCUGUUUCUGCCCGUCCAUCUAAAUCUCAUCCAUUUCUCCGAAGUUCUUCUUUGGACAUAUCUGCCCAACCACCACCCCCACCUCCUCCCCCCCCCCCACCACCUCCAUCACCUCCUUCUCCUCCUCCUCCUCCUCCACCACCUCCUCCUCCUCCCCCACCACUGCCCCCACCAACUUCACCUAAACCAACCAUUCAUCCUAAAAAAAAGAUGACAGUUGCAGCUCCAGCAACUCCAACUACUACAGCUGCAACUGUGGUUGAUGCUGUUACUACAGUAGAGGCCACAGCUGUUCGGAGGAGUAAUGGGUUACCUGAAGCAAAAGUAUGUGCCACUGUACCUCCUCCUGUUCCUCCUAAGCCAUCUUCAAUUCCCACUGGACUUGUAUUUACCCAUAGGCCUGAACCAAGCAAACCUCCAAUUGCCCCCAAACCAGCAGUUCCUCAGCUUCCAGUGACCACACAGAAAACAACAGAUGCACACCCCAAACCAGCAGGCCUGUCUUUAACUUCAAAUAUGUCCUUAAAUUUAGUGGCUUCGACAGAUUAUAAAUUGCCUUCCCCUACUUCUCCACUUUCCCCACACUCUAAUAAAUCCUCACCAAGAUAUUCGAAAUCCCUCAUGGAAACUUAUGUGGUUAUUACCUUGCCCUCUGAACCUGGGACUCCAACAGAUUCUUCUGUUGGUCAAGCUAUUACCAGUUGGCCCUUGGGAUCACCUCCAAAAGAUCUGAUUUCCCUUGAAACAGUGUUUUCUGUAGUUCCGUCUAUGACAGCUGCAGAAAUCCCAAGUUCUUCACAGCCAACCCUAUAUAUGUCAGGAGCUUUGGAGACAUGGUCUGCUGCCCCCACUGCAGCACUAUCUGUACUUCAAGGAGCUCCAGCGUCACUUACACAGUUUCUCCCGAUGGAAGUCUCAAAGGCUGAAGGUUCAGCAACCAGAAGUACAGUACCAAGUGUUGCUCCCAGCAGCAUUUCCAUAUCGAUUCCCCAAGAGCCCCUUGCUCUAGAUAAGCUUCAGUACAAGGACAAUGGAAAAUUGCAACUUGUUGGUGAUGCCAUUGAUUUGAGAACAAUGCCAAAAACAGAAGCUAAAGCAACUGAAAAAUGUAUGGAUCUUUCAGCUUCUGCAAUGGAUAUGAAAAGACAGACCACUGCAAAUGAAGUUUAUGGGAGACAAGUGAGUGCUGUCCAACCUUCUAUCAUAAAUCUCAGAGCAGUUUCAUCAUUAGUCACUCCAGUCACCCUGGACACUGAGACAGCGACUCUUGUCACAUGCACAGCUACUACAAGUUACUCAACAGUCACAGAGAGCCUAGUCGGUAUAGAACAUGGAAUGGCAUCACCACUCCCACUUACUACAUCAAAACACCCUGAGUCCCACUACAGGAUGCCAAGUGGCCAGGCCUUUCCUAGUAUUAAGGAUGAAGCACCAAUAAACUUAUCUCUAGGUUCUUCAUCUCAGCCAGUGACAUCCACUUUUACAAAGCCUGUCACUGCGCCUCCUGUUGGUGUCACAAAUGGAUGGACUGACAGCACCACAUCUCAGGCAAUCAGUGAUGGGGAAGUAGUAGAUCUCAGCACAACAAAGUCUCAUAGAACGAUUGUAGCCAUGGAUGAAUCUACUUCAAAUGUGGUGACCAAAAUAAUAGAAGAUGAUGAAAAACCUGUUGAUUUGACUGCGGGCAGAAGAGCUGUGUGCUGUGACAUGGUUUACAAGUUGCCUUUUGGAAGAAGCUGCACAGCCCAACAGCCUGCAACUACCCUUCCUGAAGACCGUUUUGGUUACAGAGAUGACCACUAUCAGUAUGAUCGGUCAGGGCCAUAUGGUUACAGAGGGAUUGGUGGAAUGAAACCUUCCAUGUCUGACACUAACUUAGCAGAAGCUGGACAUUUUUUCUAUAAAAGUAAGAAUGCUUUUGAUUAUUCUGGAGGAACUGAUGCAGCAGUAGAUCUAACUUCAGGGAGAAUUUCUACAGGUGAGGUAAUGGAUUAUUCAAGCAAGACUACAGGUCCAUACCCAGAAACACGCCAAGUCAUUUCGGGAGUUGGGAUUAGUACCCCGCAGUAUUCCACAGCAAGAAUGACUCCACCUCCAGGACCCCAGUAUGGUGUGGGAAGUGUUUUGAGGUCAUCUAAUGGUGUUGUCUAUUCUUCAGUAGCAACUCCAAUCCCCUCCACAUUUGCUAUCACCACACAGCCUGGCUCCAUUUUCAGCACCACUGUUAGGGAUUUAUCUGGUGUUCAUACAACUGAUGUAGUGACUUCAUUAUCUGCCCUGCACCAGAGCCAGCCAAUGCCUCGAUCAUAUUUCAUAACAACAGGUGCAUCAGAAACUGACAUUGCAGGAACCAGUAUUGAUAUCAAUGCCAGUUUUCAAACUAUUACCAUGGAAACUCUUCCCACUGAUACAAUGGACUCUGUUCCUACUUUAACCACAGCAUCUGAAGUGUUUUCUGAAGUGGUAGGAGAAGAAAGCACCCUUUUAAUUGUCCCCGAAGAAGACAAACAACAGCAGCAGCUUGACUUGGAACGGGAGCUCUUAGAAUUGGAGAAAAUUAAGCAACAACGCUUUGCUGAGGAACUGGAGUGGGAACGUCAGGAAAUUCAGAGAUUCCGAGAACAAGAGAAAAUCAUGGUUCAAAAAAAGCUGGAGGAGCUGCAGUCCAUGAAGCAGCACCUUCUCUAUCAGCAAGAGGAAGAGAGGCAGGCCCAGUUCAUGAUGAGGCAGGAGACACUAGCUCAGCAACAGCUACAGCUUGAGCAGAUCCAACAGCUGCAACAACAGUUGCACCAGCAGCUUGAGGAGCAAAAAAUUCGUCAGAUCUACCAGUAUAACUAUGACCCUUCUGGAACUGGUUCUCCUCAAACCACCACUGAGCAGGCAAUUUUAGAAGGUCAGUAUGUUGCCCCAGAGGGAAGUCAGUUUUGGGCCACUGAAGAUGCCACCACCGCCGCUUCUGCUGUUGUGGCUAUUGAAAUACCACAGAGCCAAGGAUGGUACACAGUUCAGUCUGAUGGUGUCACUCAGUACAUUGCCCCACCUGGCAUCCUGAGCACUGUUUCGGAGAUACCACUGACAGAUGUUGUUGUAAAAGAGGAGAAACCACCAAAAAAGAGAGGUUCUGGAUCUAAAGUCCGGGGACAGUAUGAUGAAGUGGGGGAGAGCAUUGCAGAUGAUCCACGAAAUUUUAAAAAGAUAGUGGACAGUGGUGUACAAACUGAUGAUGAAGAUGCUGGUGAUCGGAGUUAUGCAAGCAGGAGGAGGAGAACUAAAAAGAGUGUUGAUACCAGUGUCCAAACUGAUGAUGAAGAUCAGGAUGAAUGGGAUUUGCCUUCUAGAUCAAGGAGAAAAGCACGUGUAGGGAAAUACGGAGACAGCACGGCAGAGGCUGACAAGACCAAACCCCUUUCCAAAGUCUCCAGCAUAGCAGUUCAGACAGUCGCAGAGAUAUCUGUGCAAACGGAACCAGUGGGAACCAUAAGAACACCUUCCAUACGAGCGCGGGUGGAUGGCAAGGUAGAAAUAAUUAAACACAUUUCAGCACCUGAAAAGACUUACAAAGGGGGCAGUUUAGGAUGUCAAACAGAAGCAGAUUCAGACACACAAAGUCCUCCAUAUCUGGGUGCCACAUCUCCACCCAAAGACAAGAAACGCCCAACACCUUUAGAGAUUGGUUAUUCAUCAUCUCACCUUCGGGCAGAUUCCACAGUCCAGCUGGCUCCUUCCCCACCCAAAUCUCCAAAAGUCCUUUAUUCACCCAUCUCACCACUUUCACCAGGCAAAGCCUUAGAAUCAGCCUUUGUACCUUAUGAAAAGCCCAUCCCUGAUGACAUAAGUCCACAGAAAGUACUCCAUCCAGAUAUGGCUAAAGUCCCCCCAGCAAGUCCUAAGACAGCCAAGAUGAUGCAGCGUUCUAUGUCUGACCCCAAGCCACUGAGUCCAACAGCAGACGAAAGUUCCAGGGCUCCUUUUCAGUAUACCGAGGGCUUCACGACAAAAGGUUCUCAAACUAUGACAGCCGCUGGCACUCAGAAAAAAGUUAAGAGAACACUACCAAAUCCCCCUCCAGAGGAGGUAUCCACAGGAACUCAAUCAACUUACAGCACAAUGGGCACUGUUUCCAGGAGAAGGAUAUGCAGAACCAACACCAUGGCUCGAGCCAAGAUUCUCCAGGACAUAGACAGAGAGCUUGAUCUUGUGGAAAGAGAGUCUGCCAAGCUUAGAAAGAAGCAAGCUGAACUGGAUGAAGAAGAAAAGGAAAUUGAUGCCAAGCUACGGUACCUGGAAAUGGGAAUUAACAGGAGGAAAGAGGCAUUAUUGAAAGAGAGAGAGAAGAGAGAGCGUGCCUACCUGCAGGGUGUAGCUGAGGAUCGUGAUUAUAUGUCUGACAGUGAAGUCAGCAGCACCAGACCAACAAGGAUAGAAAGUCAGCACGGUGUUGAGAGACCACGAACCGCUCCCCAAACUGAAUUCAGCCAGUUUAUACCACCACAAACCCAAACAGAAUCUCAGCUAGUUCCUCCUACAAGUCCCUAUACACAAUACCAGUACUCUUCUCCUGCUCUGCCUACCCAAGCACCGACUCCAUACACCCAACAAUCUCAUUUUCAGCAGCAAACAUUGUACCAUCAGCAAGUCUCACCUUAUCAGACUCAACCAACCUUCCAAGCCGUGGCAACAAUGUCCUUCACACCCCAAGCUCAGCCCACUCCAACCCCACAACCAUCUUAUCAGUUACCAUCCCAGAUGAUGGUGAUACAACAGAAGCCUCGGCAAACAACACUGUAUUUGGAGCCCAAGAUAACAUCCAACUAUGAAGUGAUUCGCAACCAACCCCUGAUGAUAGCUCCUGUUUCUACUGAUAAUACAUAUGCCGUUUCCCAUCUUGGGAGUAAGUACAAUAGUUUAGACUUGAGAAUAGGUUUGGAGGAAAGAAGCAGCAUGGCAAGCAGUCCGAUAUCAAGCAUAUCUGCAGACUCUUUCUAUGCAGACAUUGACCACCACACUUCGCGGAAUUAUGUCUUAAUAGAUGAUAUUGGAGAGAUUACCAAGGGGACAGCAGCAUUAAGCACAGCAUUUAGUCUUCACGAAAAGGAUCUGUCCAAAACAGACCGUCUCCUUAGACCCACAGAGACACGUAGGUCUCAAGAAGUGACAGAUUUCCUAGCACCUUUGCAGACUUCCUCCAGAUUGCAUAGUUAUGUGAAAGCAGACGAAGACUCAAUGGAUGAUCCUUAUGAGUUGAAGCUUCUGAAACACCAGAUUAAACAAGAGUUCCGCAGGGGAACAGAGAGUCUAGAUCACCUUGCUGGUCUUUCACAUUAUUAUCAUUCUGAUACAAGCUAUAGACACUUCCCCAAAUCUGAGAAGUACAGCAUCAGUAGACUCACACUUGAAAAGCAAGCAGCCAAACAAUUACCAGCAGCCAUACUUUACCAAAAGCAGUCAAAGCAUAAGAAAUCAUUAAUUGACCCUAAAAUAUCAAAGUUUUCACCUAUUCAAGAAAGCAGAGACCUUGAACCUGAUUAUUCAAGCUAUAUGACUUCCAGCACUUCAUCUAUUGGUGGUAUUUCUUCUAGGGCAAGGCUUCUUCAAGAUGAUAUCACUUUUGGCCUCAGAAAAAAUAUUACAGAUCAACAAAAGUUUAUGGGAUCAUCACUUGGCUCUGGACUGGGCACAUUAGGAAGUACCAUUCGGUCAGCUCUGCAGGAUGAAGCAGAUAAGCCAUAUAGCAGUGGCAGCAGGUCCAGGCCUUCCUCCAGACCAUCUUCUGUCUAUGGACUUGAUUUAUCAAUUAAGAGAGAUUCUUCCAGCUCAUCACUAAGACUAAAAGCACAAGAGGCCGAAGCUCUCGAUGUGUCCUUUGGUCACUCAUCCUCUUCUGCCAGAACUAAGCCUACCAGUUUGCCAAUCAGCCAGAGUAGAGGAAGGAUACCAAUUGUAGCCCAGAAUUCUGAGGAGGAAAGUCCCCUCAGUCCUGUUGGCCAACCAAUGGGAAUGGCCAGGGCUGCAGCUGGACCCCUGCCACCCAUAUCUGCAGAUACAAGGGAUCAGUUUGGAUCAAGUCACUCAUUGCCUGAAGUUCAACAGCAUAUGAGAGAAGAAUCACGGACACGGGGGUAUGACCGUGACAUAGCUUUCAUCAUGGAUGACUUCCAACAUGCCAUGUCAGACAGUGAAGCCUAUCACUUGCGUCGUGAGGAAACGGAUUGGUUUGAUAAACCCAGAGAGUCUCGCUUGGAAAAUGGCCAUGGUCUGGACCGAAAACUGCCAGAAAGAUUGGUUCACUCUAGACCCCUCAGUCAACAUCAAGAGCAAAUUCUACAGAUGAACGGGAAGACGAUGCAUUACAUUUUUCCUCAUGCCAGAAUAAAAAUAAGCAGAGACUCUAAGGACCACACAGUUUCAGGUAACGGACUAGGAAUUAGAAUUGUGGGUGGCAAAGAAAUCCCUGGACAUAGUGGAGAAAUUGGAGCCUAUAUUGCUAAAAUUCUUCCUGGUGGAAGUGCAGAACAGACAGGGAAACUUAUGGAAGGUAUGCAAGUCUUGGAAUGGAAUGGAAUCCCCUUAACUUCUAAAACAUAUGAAGAAGUACAGAGUAUCAUUAGUCAGCAAAGUGGGGAAGCAGAAAUAUGUGUAAGACUGGACCUCAACAUGCUAUCAGACUCUGAAAAUCCCCAGCACCUGGAACUUCAUGAACCACCAAAAUCUGUGGAUAAGGCGAAAUCCCCAGGGGUUGAUCCCAAGCAGCUGGCAGCAGAGUUGCAGAAAGUCUCACUCCAGCAGUCGCCACUGGUCCUGUCUUCAGUUGUGGAGAAAGGUUCUCACGCUCACUCAGGUCCUACAUCUGCAGGAUCCAGUUCUGUUCCCAGCCCGGGGCAGCCAGGGUCACCCUCUGUAAGCAAAAAGAAGCACAGCAGCAGCAAGCCUACUGAUGCAACAAAAGUUGUCUCUCAUCCAAUUACAGGAGAAAUUCAGCUUCAAAUCAACUAUGAUCUUGGAAAUCUCAUAAUACAUAUUCUUCAAGCAAGAAAUCUUGUCCCCAGAGACAACAAUGGCUACUCUGACCCUUUUGUUAAGGUGUACCUCCUUCCAGGGCGGGGUCAAGUCAUGGUUGUCCAGAAUGCAAGUGCUGAGUACAAGAGAAGGACUAAAUACGUCCAGAAAAGUCUUAAUCCUGAGUGGAACCAAACAGUAAUUUAUAAAAGUAUUUCCAUGGAGCAGCUGAAGAAGAAAACCUUGGAGGUGACAGUUUGGGACUACGAUAGAUUCUCUUCCAACGACUUCCUAGGAGAGGUAUUGAUUGACUUAUCUAGCACGUCUCACUUGGAUAACACUCCUCGGUGGUAUCCACUUAAAGAACAGACUGAGAGCAUUGACCAUAGCAAGUCUCACUCCAGUCAGAGCAGCCAGCAGUCCCCAAAGCCAUCCGUCAUCAAAAGCAGAAGCCAUGGUAUCUUCCCUGACCCAUCCAAGGACAUGCAGGUUCCUACCAUUGAGAAAUCCCAUAGUAGUCCCGGUAGCUCAAAAUCAUCGUCUGAAGGUCAUCUCCGCUCUCAUGGACCAUCUCGCAGUCAAAGCAAAACCAGCGUCACUCAGACCCACUUGGAAGAUGCAGGGGCAGCCAUAGCCGCUGCCGAAGCUGCCGUGCAACAACUCCGCAUUCAACCAACAAAGCCCAGCAAUCACCGGCCUGCAGAAAGCUCCGUGUCAACCGGCUCCUCGGUCAGCAGCUUUGGCAGUGGGUACAGCGUGGACAGUGAAGGAAACAGCAGCAGCACUGCAGGGGAGACUAAUCUAUUCCCUAUUCCAAGGAUAGGGAAGAUGGGACAGAAUGGACAAGAGCCUGUAAAACAGCCAGGAGCAGGGGUAGGAUUAGCAGAUGCAGAAGCUAAAACUCAAGUGAUGGGCGAAAUCAAGAUUGCAUUAAAAAAGGAAAUGAAAACAGAUGGUGAACAACUAAUAGUUGAAAUUCUCCAGUGCAGAAAUAUUACCUAUAAAUUUAAGUCUCCUGAUCACUUACCAGAUUUAUAUGUGAAAAUAUAUGUGAUGAACAUCUCUACUCAAAAAAAGGUGAUGAAGAAAAAAACAAGAGUGUGUAGACAUGAUCGCGAGCCUUCAUUUAAUGAAACUUUUAGAUUCAGCCUGAGUCCAGCUGGGCAUUCACUUCAGAUUUUACUUUUCUCUAAUGGAGGGAAGUUUAUGAAGAAGACUUUGAUUGGAGAAGCUUGUAUCUGGCUUGACAAAGUGGAUCUCAGAAAAAGAAUAGUCAACUGGCACAAACUUUUGGUCAGUCCUACCCAAACACAUUGAAGAUACAUCUGAUCAGGGUAAAGAAACAGAUCUACAUAGCCUCAGACCAUGAGAGUUGGAUACUAUUGUGCUGAGCUUUACUUUUAGGGGCAAACAUGGGCAAGGAACAAAGGCAGACAACAUAAGUUAAGGUCUUGUAACUAUAUUAUUCUGGAAUACAGAAACUCAAAAAAGUUCAUGUGUUGGAAACAAACCAGUGAAUAUAGAACUAAGACACAGAACUGCUCACAGCUGUGACAAGAAACUGUGAAAGAAGAUUUGAUUAUUUAAGACAAAUAUCUUUGAGGAAAAUCCAGCUGUAGCUGAAGACAGAGGCACAAGGGUUAACAAGGAUUCCAAAGGUAGUGCAAAAGUAAUCGUUAUACACACAAAAACUUUGUUGGAAAGAACUGAUAUAAUGAAUCUCAGUUUCUAAAAGUUCAAAAUUCCUUCUUCUUCUUAAUAUUCUCAUACAACUUCCUGUUUUGGAAUUCCUACAUGAGUCAUUUAUAGUAUUUCCACAGGACUGAAAGGUGGCUGUGUUUAUGGAAAAAAUAAAGCAAGAAAUAUAGAAAAAUGGAAUUUAGAUUAUAUUGUGCAGGAUUUUCCCUCUGUCUACAUGUUUGAAGGUUAUAUAACACUAGUUUUGAAAUCUAUGUGGUAAAAGCACAUGUUUUAGUAUAAUGUAAAAUAAUGAAGAGUGAAGAUAACAGUAGAUGAAAAUGAAAUUAUAUUUAUCUAGAAAUAAAAUCAAAACCAGUUACUGGCUAGUAAAAGAAAAUGUUGACCUGCAAAAUACUGACUUCAGUUGAAAAUAUCAGUUUCCUUAAUUUUCCAUUAAGAUAAGGCAUUAUCAGUCUUAUAUACCAAAGGACGUACAUUAAAUUGGUAUAUUCUGGGAAGCAUGGUCAUUUGUUCUUUAUGGAACUGCAAA